GCUUAAAAUCUUAUUAUACAAGGUCCGUGUGGAACGGAACACAGUUCUGAUAUCUUGACGUUUAUUUGACAUUGACAUGCCAUAGCGAAUUUGUUUUGUGUUUUCGUAGAUCGUGAUGUCUGCCGAUGAAAAUAAAUCUGAUUCUUCAGGUUCUGAGUCCGAAGUCAGUGCAUGUAGUUCAAAUUUCAACCCUUUCAAAGCUCUAUAUUCAAAAAAAGCCGAAAUACCCGUGAAGAAUGCGCCACUGUAUGAAAACAUUAGCCAAUAUGAAUCGGCACAAAAACAUGAAAAUACUAUUAUACCUGUUGGUCAUAAGGAAGAAGUCGAUAAACGUGAACUGGACAAGAAAACUAAGAAAGAAGAGCAAGAAAGGUUAUUAGAAGAGAAAAACAAGCAACGUUUUGCACGUUUCCAGCUUCCACAGCCUGUGAGAAGGGAGAAACGAGCUAAAAAUGUUCUGACCCGUAUUGAAACAAUGGAUGGCCCACUCGCGGUGCUCAAGGAAUGUGUGGACCACAGACUGAGAAUUAAGGUAAUCACUCGAAAUGCGACUGGCAUACGCGGGGUGCUCCAUGCUACCCUAGUUGCGUUCGAUAAACAAUGGAAUCUGGCCCUCUCUGACAUCCUGGAGAUUUGGAAGAGAAAGGGCGAGAAGAAGCGCAAGAUCCCACCAGGACUAGGUACACCAGUCCCGAAAGGUUCUGCAGCGAAAAUAUUCCCCGUGCCUUUAGUGACGGAGACACCCCUGGGGCACGGUGUUUGGGAGUGCACCAGGCACAUACCACAGAUGAUGGUGCGUGGGGAACACGUAGUGAUAGUCAAUGUCGUCGAGCGGUGAUCCUGAACACGCCACGCGGAAAAUGUACCGCAUCGAUUUUCAUAAACGAAGCCGAUCUUUUAACGGAAUAAGGUUUUAAACAACAAUGGUUUUAAUGUUACUAAGAGAAUUUUCUAAAGAACGAAAUUUAAGAAAAAGACUUGCGGUCUUAAAUUAGGCAUUAUUAUUCGUUUCAUAUAACAUCAAAUAAUCUACAAUAGGGGUGAUGACGGGGUA